AUGUUGAAGGGAAAGAGAAGAUCAUCUGACCAAAUCGAGAGAAUUAGAGAUCACUUGAAAAAAAUGAUGUGUUGUCCAUUACAGACAAUUGAACUUAACUCAAAUCAACUAUACAAUACUAAUACUACUAAAAUCACAAAGGAUACGCACAGCUUACCAAUAAAUGGAUUUGUCUCUAAGUAUAAACGCAAAAAGAAUUCAGCAAGAAUAUCUAAAUUUCAAAUCACAUCGUCUUUAAAUAAAAAGAAUGAUUCCCACCCUCAAUGUGAUAAUAAGGUUCAAAAAAGUGGCAGAUUAAGAAAAUACGACAGGUUUACUUUAUUUAAAUAUCUUCAACAAAGGAAACAAGAUAAUUUAUCUUAUGUUAAGCCUGAAUUAUCAUUUGGUCAAUUGAUCUGUCUUGCAAUUUUACAAUCAGAUGAAAGGAAACUGAUCCUCUUCGAUAUCUGUCAUUGGAUAUCAGCUAAUUUCCCAUUUUACAGAUUGACUGAUACAAAUUGGCAAAACUCUGUAAGACACACAUUAUCGAUUAACCCAAACUUUAUUAAAUUGGAAAGUGUUAAAAUAUCAAACAGUAAUGGUGUUAAGGAUAACGAACAUAGGAAACGAUAUGUGUUUGUUGGUAAAGAUAACAAUGGAUUGAAUAAAGUUAAUCAAAAUGUUAGAAAAUCAAGUAAAUGGGGGGUUACAUCUGACGGUAUAUCCUCUUUUUUUAUCUGUUCACCAAAUGAUUUACAUCUUUUCAUUGAUGUGGUUAAACAGAUAAAUCAACUCAUAUUUGAGACUGUACAACUGAAGGAUAGUUAUUCAACAGAUUUAGAUUCAUUAAUAGUUCAGGAUCCACAUCAAACAGGACCUUUUUCCUUGGAUUCGUCAUCACCACUUUCUCAGGUUUCCAAUAGUUCUAAACCGCUAUCCAAUUCUUCCAGUAUGACAGACUUAACAACCCUAAGUGUUGACGAUACAUCAACACUUGGUUUACCAUUUUUUUUAGCAUCUUCUGUAGACAGCACACUGGUCCAAAAGCUAGAAAAACAUGAACUACCACAUCAACAAGAAACCAUAUACGAUAUUGAUUCGAAAUUAGAUUUACUAAAGACACCAAAAUUUGACACAACUUCAACCAGAUGUUAUAUUUUAAAUGCAUUUGAAAAUUCUCUGCAUAAUAAUAAUUGUACUAAUAUUAGUAACAAUAACAAUAAUAUUAAUAUUGAUAAUUUCGAUAUGAAUAGAACGAAUAAUGAUUUCGUGCCGUCUUUUUUCACAGAUUUGAAUCCACCGUCACCAACACUUAUUUUUAAUGAGUCAACUCUAUAUCCCAACGAGACUACAUCCUUCUCGAUUUUGUAA